UAUUUCUAAACAAACAGAGCCUCAAAGUAAAAACCUCAACAUACGUUUCCACAAAUCCCCUCUGCACAACAGGACACCUCCGAAUCACCACCGCCAAUCACCACCUCUCUCUUUCCCCUCGGAAUUUACGCCCAUCGACGCCUUGAUACUCACAAAUACUCCCCACCUUUGCCACCCCUUAGUCCUCGGCCUCCUUCUGUUCUCUCUCGAUCAAUGGAGAGCUUAGCCUUCCACUCCCUCUCCACCUCCUUCGCCCUUUCCUCUCGCACUUCCCUCCACCUCCGUUCUAAACCUAUCUCCAGAUCACCGCCGUCCGUCCUCCCCAGCUCUCCAUUCCCCACUCUGCGAACCUCUCUCAAACCCCUUUUGUUCUCUCAUCUGCCCAAAAUCCCCAAAUCCUGUCUCUCCACUGUUCAUGCCACUCCAAAAGACGACUCCCCACUAAUCCAAACGCCGUCUCCGGCCCCUCCUCAAGGAGCUAAACCCGUUCCUUUCUUUAUAUCCAUUGCUAUUGGGCUGAUUGUUCGUUUUCUUGUUCCUAAACCCGUGGCAGUGACCCCACAAGCAUGGCAACUUCUGGCCAUCUUUUUGUCUACAAUUGCGGGUCUGGUUUUGAGUCCGUUGCCCGUAGGAGCAUGGGCGUUUCUCGGCCUCACAACCUCUAUAGUCAGCAAGACGCUGUCAUUUUCUACGGCGUUCGGUGCAUUCACUAACGAGGUGAUUUGGCUGAUUGUCAUUUCCUUCUUCUUCGCUCGUGGGUUUGUGAAGACGGGGCUUGGUGACAGGAUCGCUACUUAUUUCGUGAAAUGGCUGGGAAAGAGUACGUUGGGUUUGUCCUACGGGCUGACAUUGAGUGAGGCUUUGAUUGCGCCUGCAAUGCCGAGUACCACUGCAAGGGCCGGUGGAGUUUUCUUGCCGAUUAUCAAAUCGUUGUCGCUGUCGGCUGGAAGUAAGCCCGGAGAUGGGUCUUCCAAGAAGCUUGGGAGUUAUCUCAUCAAGACACAGUUUCAGUGUGCUGCCAACUCUAGUGCUCUUUUUCUGACUGCUGCAGCUCAGAACUUGCUGUGCCUCAAAUUAGCAGAGGAAUUGGGAAUCAUAAUUGCAAACCCUUGGGUUUCUUGGUUCAAGGCUGCCAGUUUACCAGCCCUUGUUUCUUUACUGGCUACGCCAUUUAUCUUAUACAAGCUUUAUCCACCUGAAACCAAAGACACACCGGAUGCCCCUGCCAUGGCUGCAAAAAAGCUAGAGACCAUGGGUCCUGUUUCAAGAAAUGAAUGGAUCAUGGUUGGUACGAUGCUUCUUGCAGUUUCUUUGUGGGUCUGUGGGGAUGCUCUUGGUAUUCCGAGUGUUGUGGCUGCAAUGAUUGGUUUGUCAAUACUCCUUUUGCUGGGAGUGCUUGAUUGGGAUGAUUGCUUAAGUGAAAAAUCAGCAUGGGAUACUUUGGCUUGGUUUGCUGUUUUGGUGGGCAUGGCUGGGCAAUUGACAAACCUUGGUGUUGUAACCUGGAUGUCUAAUUGUGUAGGGAAGUUGCUUCAGUCUCUUUCUUUGAGCUGGCCUGCUGCAUUCGGUGUUCUUCAGGCUGCUUAUUUCUUUAUCCACUACCUAUUCGCAAGUCAAACUGGUCAUGUCGGUGCUCUAUUCUCAGCCUUUCUAGCAAUGCACCUGGCUGCUGGGGUACCUGCUGUAUUAGCAGCUUUGGCUUUAGCCUACAACACAAAUCUUUUUGGUGCUUUAACACAUUAUAGCAGUGGUCAGGCAGCUGUAUAUUAUGGAGCUGGUUAUGUAAACCUACCUGACGUAUUUAGAAUUGGCUUUAUAAUGGCCCUCAUUAAUGCUACUAUCUGGGGAGUUGUUGGAACCGUCUGGUGGAAAUUUUUGGGACUUUACUGAUUAUAUUGCCUUCCAUGAGACAUGUUUGGGUUAUAGGAUCUAUUGUUCCCCACAUAUUCCCCCCUGCAGAAAGCUCAUACUCUGGCAAUGCCUAUGGCUUGUAGAAAACCUGGAAGUUAAAUUCUCUUGAGAGAGGGGUUUGCUGGAACCUGUAGAAGCCACUUUCAAUAAUUUUUCAGUUUUCCUUUGACUAGGCAAGUAAAAUAUUUUUUCUCUGCAAGUUUUUGCAACAUUACACACCAUUCUGGUAAUAGAUGGCAAGUCUCUGG